CGCUGUUUGAGCAGGAAGUGUGCCUUGUUUAACCUAUUUUGAUUGUUAAAUAUGAUCACAAUGAUUGGGAUCAAACAGUAAUUACAGCUACAACCCAUGUCAGUGAUGAUGGGUGGAGCUCUCCUAGAUUUUAAAACAACCUGAGAAAGUUGAAUUUGACCAGGGUACUUUUACAAUUGACCAGGGAUAAAUCUGUCAAUCAUAAUCUUGCAAUAAACUUUGCACACGGACUGAUCCGGCUGUCUCCUCUUCACCGAGUGAAAGAGGACAGAGGAAAGUGACUCUUCCUGGACUUAAGAGUCAGUAACUUCAAGUCGCUGUCUUGGUGAGGACACAGAGAGCAGACGAUGGUGUGGAUCACUGACGGGAUGCAUGUUGCUGAAACUGUACAGCAAACCAGCCAGAGCCAGCACAAGACAACAAUAACAACAAGCGUUUCUAUUUUUUUUCCCCAAACAAACCGUAUGAGGCUGGUCUGUUGCUGCAGUGCUCUGCUGCUGCUCAUUCUCACUCCCAGAGUCUGUCAGGGUGGAAACAUCCUGGUACUUCCUGCAGAAGGCAGUCACUGGGUCAACAUGGAUAUUGUGCUUCAAGCUUUGCACUCCAGAGGUCACAGUGUGACCGUUAUGCGCUCCAACAAAAGCUGGUACAUCAAGGAAAAGGCCCCCCACUACAAUACUAUUACUGUUCAAGUGGAGAGAAGUAUAGAUGAGUCGUUCGUUGCACCAGUUGUGUCAGAGACACUUGCAUUUGAACGCGGAGCUAUUCCUUUGACUCAUUUCCUCUACACGACUUUUGGCAUGCUUGGUGUAUUUCGUGAAGCUCAUGAAAUUGUGGGUGAGUUUGCAUCAGCAUUGCUGGACAACACAGAGUUAGUAACACGAAUCAAAGACAGCAAAUUUGAUCUUCUUCUCACUGAUCCCUGCUGGGGUGGUGGAGCCAUUGUGGCCAAAUAUUUCAACCUUCCAUUAGUUUAUAAUGUCCGCUGGUUAAUAGCUGGAGAGGCUCAUUUUGGUAUUGCCCCUUCACCUAUAUCCUAUAUCCCUAUAACAGGAUCUGGUAACACUGACAAGAUGAGCUUUCGGCAGAGAGUUAAAAACAUGAUGCUGCACAUAUUCAGUCAGAUACAAAAUAACAUAGCGAGCAGAGACAUAUAUCAGAAGGUGUGUGAGAAAUAUCUUGGGCCUGACUGUGACUACCAUCAGUUAAUGAUUGAUGCGGACAUUUGGCUGAUGAGAACGGACUUUGUGUUUGAAUAUCCCCGCCCCACCAUGCCUAACGUCAUCUACAUGGGGGGGUUUCAGUGUAAACCUGCCAAACCUCUGCCUCAACAUUUGGAGGACUUUGUGCAGAGUUCUGGAGAUCAUGGAUUCAUCAUCAUGUCUCUGGGAACUUUUGUGAGUGAACUUCCUGCUGAUUUAGCAAAUGAGAUUGCUGCAACUUUUGCCAAACUGCCACAGAAAGUCAUCUGGAGGUAUAAAGGAGAGAAACCAGACACUCUGGGUAACAACACUUUACUGGUGGACUGGAUGCCACAGAAUGACCUUUUGGGACACCCGAAGAUCAAACUGUUUGUUGCUCAUGGAGGAACAAAUGGAAUCCAAGAAGCAUUGUAUCACGGAGUGCCGGUUGUGGGCAUUCCUCUGUUUUUUGACCAAUAUGACAACAUUCUCCGUCUGGCAGACAGAGGAGGAGCUAAGAUUCUUUCAGUAGCUACAAUGGACAAAGACGACAACUUCCUGAAGGCCAUUCAGGAGGUCCUGACUGAGCCCUCCUACAGGAACCACAUGCAAAGACUCUCCAGGCUGCACAGGGAUAAGCCAGUGACACCGAUGGAUAACGCCCUCUUCUGGAUGGAGUUUGUCAUGAGACACAAAGGUGCAGCUCACCUGAAAGCUCAGGGCAACAGGAUGCCCUGGUACUCCUACCACUCUGUAGAUGUCGCUCUGUUCCUGGUUGGAGCUCUCAUCCUCCUGCUGUUCACUGUUUUCUUCUUGUUGAGGUGUUUAUGUGCUGCUGUGUGUAAGCGUAAAGCAAAACGUGAUUGAGAAUCAUGAAUAUACAUCAUGUCGGGUCACUUAAAGGGGACAUAUUAUGCUUUUUUCAUUUUGUGAAGAGUUUUUUAUUUUAGUGUUGCCGUUGCUUCAUUAUGAUAUUCAAAUUUGAAAAUUGUCUGUUUCCUCCCUGUCUUGCUACACCACAUUUUGUCAAAAUGCCUGCUGAAACGGUCGAGUUUGAGUUGGGUCCGCUUGUCCUGAAAUAAACGGAUGUAACUCCUCCCCCUGACUGUGCUCCCACCGUGUGUGUGUGUGUGUGUGUGUGUGUGUGUGUGUGUGUGUGUGUGUGUGUGUGUGUGUGUGUGUGUGUGUGUGUGUGUGUACGGGUUUU